AGGUGCCGGCGUCCCGCCGGCUACCGCCGCGUCCGCCCACGCUGCCUCCUCCCGGCUGGCCUGGGGGCUUGACCCAGCGCCGCCGCUUCUCGAAUGGUCUCGUGCAGGGGCGCAGCGGCCGCUGCCCGUCGCCCGGGACUCCCCGCCCUCCCUCGCGACCCCGCGCCGGGGCGGGCGGCGCUAGCGGCGGGCAGGGGGCGGGCAGGGGAGAGGGGGCUCGUCCGGGGGUAGCCGCCUCCUCCGCAGCCCGCCCGAGCCUCGAAGCCCGGACCUGCCUUCGCAUCUUCCUCCAGCGGCUGCAUCCCGCCUCCCGCGCCUCGUCCUCCCGCCGCCCCCGCCGCCGCGCCCCCGGUGGCAGCCUCGGCGGACACGGCAGGGGGCCCGCCGCGUCGGCCGUCUGCUCGGCUCGGCUCGGCCCGGCCCGGCCCGGGAGGCGUGCAUGCCCCUGCGGCCCGCGGCGCUCACCAGCAGCAUGCUCUAUUUCCAGAUGGUGAUCAUGGCAGGGACGGUGAUGCUGGCGUACUACUUCGAGUACACGGACACGUUCACCGUGAACGUGCAGGGCUUCUUCUGCCACGACAGCGCCUACCGCAAGCCCUACCCGGGCCCGGAGGACAGCAGCGCCGUGCCCCCCGUGCUCCUCUACUCGCUGGCCGCCGGGGUCCCAGUGCUCGUGAUAAUAGUUGGAGAAACUGCUGUCUUUUGCCUACAACUAGCCACAAGGGAUUUUGAAAACCAGGAAAAAACUAUUCUAACUGGAGACUGUUGUUAUAUAAACCCGCUGGUGCGCCGAACUGUCCGAUUUCUUGGAAUUUAUACAUUUGGACUGUUUGCUACAGAUAUCUUUGUAAAUGCUGGCCAAGUCGUCACAGGAAAUCUGGCCCCACAUUUCCUUGCCCUGUGUAAGCCCAAUUAUACAGCACUUGGAUGUCAGCAGUAUACACAGUUCAUCAGUGGGGAAGAGGCCUGUACCGGCAACCCAGAUCUCAUCAUGAGAGCAAGAAAAACCUUUCCAUCCAAAGAAGCAGCUCUCAGUGUCUAUGCAGCUAUGUAUCUGACUAUGUACAUUACCAACACAAUCAAAGCCAAGGGAACCAGACUUGCUAAGCCAGUUCUAUGCUUGGGCUUAAUGUGUUUGGCAUUUCUUACUGGACUCAACAGAGUAGCAGAAUAUCGAAAUCAUUGGUCAGAUGUUAUAGCAGGCUUUCUGGUUGGAAUAUCUAUAGCAGUAUUUCUGGUUGUGUGUGUGGUGAAUAAUUUCAAAGGAAGACAAGCAGAAAAUGAACAUAUACACAUGGAUAAUCUGGCACAGAUGCCAAUGAUCAGCAUUCCUCGAGUAGAAAGCCCUUUGGAAAAGGGCGGUCGCGGUGGCUCACACCGGGCCUACAGUCAAGCUGAGCUCUUUGGGAGGCCAGGCGGGAAGAUCCCUUGAGACCAGCCUCGCCAACAUGGAAAAACCCCAUCUCUAUCAAAAAAAUAGAAAAAAGAGGUGGGCGUGGUGGCAUGCUCCUGUAGUCCCAACUACUUAGGAGGCUGAGGCAUGAGAAUCGCUUGAACCCAGGAGGCACAGGUUGCAGUGAGCCAAGAUCAUGCCACUGUACUCCAACUUAGGCAACAGAGUGAGACUCUAUCUCAAAAAAUAAAAUAAAGUAUCUGUUUGUAUUCCUCAUGCCAAAAGCUGAGGAGUACCUGUAUGUGAAAUCCAUUUAGUACUUUGCCGUAGUUUCUAAAUAAGGAACAUUGUGUACUGGUCUCACACAUAGGACAAAUAAGAUAGUUUUACUUGAGAAUAUAUGCAUUUUUUUACAAAAUAUAUUCCAUGUCUUCCAUGUUCCAUUUAUGUAAGAAAGUGCUCAAUACAAUGCCUGGCACAAAAUUACGGUUCAAUAAAAAUUUGCUGAAUCUCAGUGCACAAAGGUCUGACAUCAGGAAAACACCAAUUGUGCUCUCCUAAUCAGGGAGAUUGCUCCGUUGGGCUGAAUGCAGCCAGAAGGUAGCACUUGGACCGGUAGGCCAAGGCCUCAUUAGGCAUGGCAGUGAGCACAGAAACCAGGUAUUUUCUUGAGACUUUUAUGAACCACGUAGGAUAAUACUUCCUAAAUGUUGGUGCAGUUAUGUGCAUUUGUAACUAGUUAAGUGAUUGCUCUGAGGGUUACUAGUGGCUUCUCUUCAGUCCUUUCACUUCCACAUUUUGAUUAAUAUCUGAGCUGAAGAGUCAGUACAUGCUAAUCAGGUGUUCAGAUUGUGUGAAUCUGUGUGAGAUAAUUAACAUAUUCAAUGAAAGAAUAAAAAUUUUUCAGAGACUGUAAUACGAUACAAUUCAUUAUUAACUAGAAAUAAAGGAAACAGUUUGUAUUUGGAUUUUUAAAAAUCUUCACGUAUAAAGAAGGUACACCUUGGUGAACUGCACAAAUGAAAAAGGCUCGGGGUGUAAUAGGCACCAAGUCAACAUGUGUUGACAGCAUAAGGCUGCCAAAAGAGUUAAAUGAUCUUAAGGCCCACUUGGGGAAAAUGAUGCCCUGAAUGAGGGGAUUGAUGGUAUGCCCUGCUAGGCUCUGGUCAGACCAACUUUUAAUACUGUGUACUGAUCUUGACAACAGUUUUCAAGUGGACGUUGAUAAAAUAGUUGGCACUCAGUAAAUAUUUGUUAAAUAAGUGAAUGAAUGUCUUUAGGAUGGUGGGUUUACUCAACAUCAUGGAUAAUGAGGGACUGUUGGAGGAACAAAAAAAGCGCUUGAAGAAAACUCAUGAAAGAAGCAAUAGCUUCCCGUGAGAAUCUAAAGGACUUUUGUAUGACAGAGAAAUGAGAAUUGUUCUGGAGGGUGUCUGAGAUCACAAUUAGGAUAAAACAAAGGAGAGUGAGCGUAAGAAGAUCAAUAAUGGCUAGAAAGAAGGAAAAUCUCUGAAAAUGAAAUGACUGCCUUAAAAGAGACAAAAUUUCCUUUUACUAUAGGAACUCCAGAAUAGCUAAAAAAUAACUUGUCCAUGAUACUUUAGAGAGAAUUCAAGCAUUCAGGUAAGAAUAGAAGCACUUAAUAAUAGUAACAUACUAACACUAAUAACUUCCAUUUAAUGAUGAUUGUCAGUAUGUGUCAAGUCCUAUGCUCUACAAAUACAGUCUCAGCCCUCACAAUUUUUAAACAUGGUCCUCAUUAUAAUGGUAGGAACUGCUAAUACUCAGUAUUCCUUCUCCCCUUUUUCCUUUUAGUAAUUGAAUUCCCUAAUUUUAGCUACAUUCAUGACAGCCCAGCUACAUUCUAUAUUUCCCAGCUUCCCUGGCAGUUAGGUGUAACCAUGAGACCAAGUUUAGGCAAAUGGAAUAUGAGCAGAAGGAAAAGUACAACCUCUGAUUUAUCUCUUUGAAGACUCUUGCCCCGGGCAUUCUCUACCCCUUCUUACCAACUGGAAAGGUAAUGACUGGAGCAACCUUGGAAAUCACUUUGUGAUUGUGACCAGUCUACCCAGCCAGCCUGGGUUCCUGGAUGAGCGUAUGGAGCAGAGUUCAUAUACCCAGCCUAGAUGGUUCUGAGAAAGCAGUGAACUACUUUCUCCUCUAAGACACUGGAUUGUUUUAACUUUUUUUCUAUAGUGACUUAGCUGAUACCCUAUUAUAAUGCAUAUUCCCAUUUUACGGUUAAGAAAACUGGACUGCCAAAUGGUUAAUUUGCAAAGCCCAGAUCGUUGAUAAUCAGCUGAGAAAAAGUAUACAAUGUAAUAUUUUGAGACACACAUCUUUAUAAGAAAAUAUGUUUAAAAAUGGAAUAAUCUGUACAAAAUUAGAUCUUGUUUAAUUUAUUAAAUAAAGAUUAAAAACAGUGGAAUUUAGCUGGGACACAGUGGCUCAUGCCUGUAAUACCAGCGCUUUGGGAGGCUAAGCUGGAAGGAUCUCUUGAGGUCAGGAAUUUGAGACCAGCUUGGGUUGUAACAAUAGUGAGACUUUAUUUCUACAAAAAAAUAAAAUAAAAAAAUAAAAUGGUGGCAUGUGCCUGUAGCCUAGAGACUCAGGAGGCUGAGACAGGAGGAUUGCUUGAACCCAGGAGUUCAAGGCUGCAGUAAGCUAUGAUCACACCACUGUACUCCAGCCUGGGCCCAUCUCUAACAUCUUAGAAAAAAAAAAGGUUGUGAAUUAUAGGAAGAGAUCUUAGACAUAUUUUGAAUAAUAUGGUCAGGGUAACUAUUACAACCUUUUCAUUUUGAAUACCUCUGAAAUUAACUUCAGUAAUAAUCACAGCCUUCUACUUUUUAACAUUUGUUAGCAUGGCUGUUCUUUGGUAGCUUUCUAGCAUUGCCAAAUCUUCAUAUAUAUCAUUACACCAUUGUAUCUGUCAAAUUAUUUAAAGGAUUCUUUUUGUUGAUGUUAUGCCAGUUCAUUUUUAUUUAGAGCAAGCUUUUAAAUAUUAGAUGGUAAAAGUGAAAAUAUUCCAUUAAUCUAUAAAUUGCUAGAGAUGAGUAUUCAUUAAUAUAUGUAUUUAUGUACAUACUAGGUUAAGUGGCAUGUUUCUUUUAUUAAUUUUUUUGUCAUCACCAAUUUAUGCUCUUUGUUUUCACUCUGAUAGCUAAGAAAUAAAAAUGGUUUGAAUCUGAUUCGGUUCUCCCCUUACUCAUGUAGUGCCUGGGCACCACACCCUGCUGAGCUCCACCUUUACACCUCCAUCUUUUUAUUCCUGUUCCCAGGCAGAAUGCUGUCUGCACAGUGCAAGUCCUGCCCCCUGCACUCACACAGAGCAUGGGAUGAUCAUGAGGCCAGGUGCCAAGAAUACAUCUCAGGCUUGCUUUUGGAACAGUGCCGCUGAGAGGACAUGUACUGGUGUUCAUCAGGCAGAAAGGGAGGAAGGCUGUCACUUAAUGGAAGCCUGCAAGAGCUUUCUCUUUUUGUGUGUGAUGAGGAGCAUUUGGGAUAAAUAUACAGCAGGUCUUCAAAUUACAUUAUUUCAUUCAAUAUCAUUUCUUUCUAACACUGAGAAAAAAAUCACACUCUGGCUAGGGCUGCUGUCUGUGUGGAGUUUGCAUGUUCUCCCCAUAUCUGCAUGGCUAUUCUACCCUGUUUUCCUCCCACCUUCCAAAGAUGUACCUAUUAGGUGAAGUGGCAUGUUUAAAUGGUCCCAGUGUGGGUGAAUGUGAUGUGCAUUAUGUUAGUGCACCUGCUGUGGGAUGAUGUCCUGUCCAGGGCCUGUUACUUCCUUGUGUCCUGAGCUGCCAGGCUAGGCUCUGGCCACCUGCUACCCUGAAACAAAAUAAUUGGACAGAUAAUUAUCGUGACUGUUUUUAUUAAUCUUUCUUAAAUGUAUCUAUAAUUACAUUUAUUCCAAUGUUUUAUAUUAGAAGUGUUUUGGUCUUUAUUUAGAAGUUUGCAACCAGAAAUAUGCCAUAGAAACUUAAUUCUUGUUUAUAUCAAUUAGCCUAUGGUCAAAUCGGUUAUACCUCAUUCUAAUUAAACUUGGUUUCCAAGAGCCUGUCAAUGUCACUAAAUGAGUACUCACCUUAUUGCAUUCAUCAUGGUUCAUACUGGUUAACAAGUAAUUGCAAAAUUCUUCCCAGUACUUUGAUCUUAAUAAUUGAUAGUUGGAGAGUGACAUUAGACCUUAAAGCUGGGCCUCUGAAAAGAGUAAGGGAGCCCUGUGUGAAAGUUUUUUCUGAAAGCAUGGCCAAGAGUUUUAGCAUGAUGCCAAGCUGUCAUUUUCUGGUUGUCACUUUUGUAUGGAGGAGGCAGAGGGUUUCUUUUAGAAGUUAUGUACUUACAGAACCUUUUAUGUUCAAAGUGCAUGUUUGAGAAGCUAUAAGCUGCAGUGUAAUUAGAGCAUGCAAGCAUUCUUUAUUUUUAUGCCAGCAGUUUAUCCCUCAAUUAUAGGGAGUUUGUCAUAUAGUUAAUUACCACAGUUUAUGAGGAAAAGUACUGAUUUUUCUGAAAGCCAAGUGUAUCUGAACAUUCAUUACAUUUGGUUUGUGAAAAGAAUUAGUCAUCUGUGGAAACUGGCCCAUUGUAUCCCAAUGUCCACUAAAUAUUCAGGUUACCAGUAACUUCAUGAUGGCUGUUUGUCAUAUCAAAUCAUCAAAAGCUUAAAUGUAUAUGAGUAGCGAAUUAUUAAAUCAGUGAGGUCCAGGAAAUUGUAGUGUAGUGCUUCUGCUCAUGAGUUCUGGAGGCAAACUAGCUGAGAAUUUUGGGUAAUUUUGACCUUAGGCAACUCAUUUAAUGCUUGGUGAUUCAGGUUUCUCUUUCAUAAAUUGAUCAUUAUAUGAGUUCAAUAAGUUAAUGAUAAAGCAGUUAAAACAGUGUCUGGUACCAAUGAAACCCAUAAUAAUCAUAACUACAAUCAUUAUUAUUAUUUAAUAGCUGAAAUGGAUGAGGUAAAUCAAGGCAUGGAAAGUUUUCCAAUAUAUAACAAAAUUUAAAAAAAAACUUUAUACUUAUAUAUAUUAAAUGUAUAUAUAAAAAGUCAAUUAUGCAAAAUAGCAUCUACUUAUCUUUAGUAGCAUAGAAAGGAACAUGUGGAAGAGAGAGAGAAAGAAAAAGAAAGAGAGAGAAGCAGACACCAGUAAGAGCAAUGCUUAAACUUAAGGAAGCAACUGAGAUUCAUGGACCAUGACCUUAUCCACAUUCCUGAUCGAAUCUUCCUUCCUUCCUUCCUUCCUUCCUUCCUUCCUUCCUUCCUUCCUUCCUUCCUUCCUUCCUCCCAUCCUUCCUUCAUUCCUUCCUUCCUCUCCUUUUACAGUGAAAUGCUAUACCAAUUAUGAAUAAUUUUAUAAUGGAAAAUAAUUAUCUUUUUAAAAGUUAUUCAAUUAUUUAAGCUGUUCUCUAAGGAGGUUCCCAUGCUUCCUCAGUGGAUUGACUGCUGAUGUGUUCAGAUUGACAAAAGGCCCUCAGAAAAACUGUCCCAGGGUCAUUUAAAACCCUGUACUUCUUUAGGACUCACAUGACCUUUCUGCAAGUGUUUGGUUUAUUUUUAUCUGCCAAAUUGUGCAUGGAAAUCUUGGUGGUAUCUGUCACACCUUCAUGCCAAGGGUUCAGCUUUCUGUGACACCUUGCAGCCAUUCCUAUUUUAGGUACCAUUAGCCCUGGGGCCCUUCAUGUGAGCUGUGUGCAGGUGCUUGUCAUUUACAGGAGCCACAAAGCCAUCAUCCAACCAAGGACCCAGGGAGUCAAAUCUCCUCGUGGUCACACCAACUCUUUCUCUCCAAUUCAUGCUUUCCUGGCUCUGGUCUUCAAUGGCCCAUGUAUCUCUAACAAAAGCGUCAGUGUUGCUGGUUUCAAGACAUCUCCAAAAAGAUUCUAUUAAUUAUCCUUAGGAGUCCAAGAAACAAAUGUGUAACUCCUUCUAGGAAAUAGAGAUGAAGACUCCUAUAUUAUCAAAAAUAACAUAGGAAUUAAUAUCUUAAUAGCCUAGUGAAAACUGGAUAGAGUAAAUAGCUUUGGGAUUUUGACUAGAUAUGAUAUAAAUAAAUCCAUUUUUAGGAAAUCCCCCAAAGGACAAUUCCAUUUUUUCUUUGCUCUUAAAGAAUUACAAUGCCGUAUGAGUAGCUAAAAUUCUAUGCAGCCUCAAUAAUGUCCCAAAAUUCCAAAGAGUGAGAAUGAGAGCUAGGAGCAGUCUCUAAGAGAAUAAGGAGUCUGCUUCAUUUAGAGAACAUCUCAACACUUUGGAUCAACACCAUUUUGAGACAGAGUUAGCAAAUAAGCAAAUACCCAAAGAAAGCUCUCAGACAAGAAGCUGUCCUGUGAUUAGGCUUCUCACUGUAAGGGGUUCAUGACAGAUGAAUGAAACUUUUUCUGAACUGGAUGGGUACCCCACCCUGGAUGGGGAGUUACCUUCAUUCAAAACCAAAAGCUGCCUCCAAGAAUUGCAGAUACUCAUGGAAAAGAAGUAGACUGAAUGAAUCAGUAGUCUUUCUGGUUUCAACAAACAUAAGCAUGAAUGAAACUGUGUAGAAACAAAGUGACCUUCCUGAAAAUGCUCAUGGUCUUAGCUUCUUCUCACAGUGCACUCAGACUGAUAAGUCAUCAAAGUGAUGAUAAAAAACUACAUCCUCCAGGUCUUCUGCUCAGAUGUAAGUGGAGGAUUCCCUGGCGAUUCAUGGUUAUUAUUAAGAGACUGCUUAUGAAUCCUUUCCCACUCAUUUUAGGAAAAUGAGCUGAGCUAAAUCAUUCUAUUUCAAGCAUGAAUAAUCAGAACAAGAACUCAAAUCCUUUAAAAUGACAUAGAGGAGAGAGAAAGAGUCAUUUUAAUAGAUAGAGCAUGUUUUGUUUUGUUUUGUUUUGUUUUAAAAAAAGAUUACAAGAAAUUUGGCUGGGUGUGGUGCCUUACACCUGUAAUCCCACACUUUGAGAGGCCAAAGCAGGUGGAUCAGUUGAGGUCAGGAGUUUGAGACAAGCCCAGCCAACUUGGCAAAACUCUGACUCUACUGUAAAUACAAAAAUUAGCCAGGCAUGAUGGUGCACACCUGUAGUCACAGCUACUUGGGAAGCUGAGGCAGGAGAAUCACUUGAACCUGGGAGGUAGAGGUUACAGCAAGUCGAGAGUGUGGCACUGCACUCCGGCCUGGGAGACAGAUCCAGACUCCAUCUCAAAAAAAAAAACAAAAAAAAAACAGAUUACAAGAAAUUUAAUUAAAUUUAUUGUGGAUAGGAUCUUCUUUCCACAGUCAAGGAAAUUAAAGAAAACAUGUGAAAUGAAUGUCAGAUGAAAGAUAGCUGACACAAUCAGGAAAGUAGUAUAAGUAAACAAAUAUUGCCAUGGUGGGAUUAAAGCUAUGCUAGAAGCCAUAAAGAACAAAAUCCACACUGGAAAAUGCUGUCGGUUAUAUUACUGACAGGUUUUAUAAUGAAAGAACAUGAGAAUUAAAUUAAUAUCUGAGAAAAGAUCAUAGAUAUUGAGGACAUACCACAGAACCCGAACAUAUGAAUCUUUGUAUCUGAAGAUGACAAAUGAGGCAAUAGCAAUAUUCAGAAAUAUACAUUAAAGGAACUUCUCUUCCAAAUAAAUAAUAUAUACUUUUAUAUAGUAUACUAUAUA